CGCGGGGACCCGGCCAUGCGGCCGCGCUGACCGGCCAUGCGGCGGCCCUGCAAGGUGGCGGCGGCCCUGCUGUGCCUCGCCGUGCUGCUGCUGCUGUACCUGCUGGCGGGCAGCGCGGCCCCGCCGCCCGCGCCCUCCGCGCCCGCCCGCCGCCCCCCGCGCCUCGGCCGGAGCCCCCCGCGCCGGAGCGGCGGCACCGCCGGCCACAGGAAGCCUGGGGAACAGAAACAUCCAAAGGAGCCUUCAUCCUUGCAGUGCAUGCAUCUGGCAGUGGUGGCAUGUGGGGACCGGCUGGAGGAGACGCUGAUCAUGCUGAAAUCAGCGGUUCUCUUCAGCAACAGGAGACUCUGCUUUCACAUUUUUGCUGAGGAUUCCCUUAAGCCUGAAUUUGAGAAGAAGUUAAAGGAGUGGCCUUCCUCAUACACAAAGAAGUUUGAAUCCACCAUUUACCCAAUAACCUUCUCAGUAGGAAAUGCUCAGGAAUGGAAGAAGUUAUUCAAACCAUGUGCUGCCCAGCGCCUGUUUCUUCCGGUCAUCUUGAAGGAUGUGGAUUCCCUCCUUUACGUGGACACUGAUGUUCUCUUCCUGAGGCCCAUCGACGACAUCUGGCACGUCCUGAAGGAGUUCAACUCCACCCAGCUGGCUGCCAUGGCCCCGGAACACGAGAUCCCAAAGAUUGGCUGGUACAGCCGCUUUGCUCGUCACCCUUAUUACGGGACAACCGGAGUCAACUCCGGGGUGAUGCUGAUGAAUUUAACGCGGAUCCGCAGCACGCAGUUCAAGAACAGCAUCAUACCAGGUGGUUUGACUUGGGAGGAAAUGUUAUAUCCAUUGUACCAGAAGUACAAAAAUUACAUUACAUGGGGAGACCAGGAUUUACUAAAUAUCAUUUUUUACUUUAACCCAGAGUGUCUCUAUGUGUUCCCCUGCCAGUGGAACUACCGGCCCGACCACUGCAUGUACGGCAGCAACUGCCGCGGGGCGGAGGAGGAGGGGGUGUCCAUCCUGCACGGGAACAGGGGCGUCUACCACGAUGACAAGCAGCCCACGUUCAAGGCACUCUACGAGGUGAUCCGUGAUUUUCCAUUUGAAGACAAUCUCUUCCAGUCCUUGUACUACCCUCUGCAGUCGAAGUUUCUGGAUACAGUGCACACUUUAUGUGGGAGAAUUCCACAAGUAUUUUUGAAGCAAAUUGAGAAAACUAUGAAGAAGGUGUAUGAAAAUCGUGUCAUUGUCUACUUGGGGGCCAAUCACAGAUACUAAUUGUAGCUCUGUGUUUACAGAGUUUUUAAUUCUUGCACUCCAUCUAAUGAAGGAUAUAAAUGAAGAAUAUGAACUCCUUUACCGAAACUCAGAUUUAAGAUAUUUCCAUAUCCAAUUU